AUGGGUCAGGGGCAGGUCAAGGACGACGUCCUCGCAGCCACCGGCACGCGGGCUCCGACCCGCAUGCCGCGUGCCAACCGAAGCUAUAUCCUCACCCAAGGCCCGCUCGCGUUCACCGUCGGCCACUUCUGGCUCAUGGUGUGGGAGCAGAACAGCCGCGCGAUCCUCAUGCUGAACAAGGUGAUCGAGAAGAACGAGAUCAAGUGCCAUUGGUACUGGCCGCACGGCAUCGGCGAGCAGCACAAGAUGUCGCUGUCUGACGUGAACCUGACAGUGGAGCAGAUCAGCGAGGAGGACCGCAGCUAUUACUCUACCAGGGUGUUCAA